ACUGCUCCAUCGACGCUGCUAAAUCUAAAGACGACUUACAUACGAAAGCAGAGGAACUGAAACGAGCUUCCUUGGCAGCCAUGGAAGAUUACCCAGAAGAAAUGCGGAGUCCACCGGUGAGUCUGGUCGCGGUCGCUGGAUGCCCUGACCUUCACCAAACCAUAUCCACACACCUCCACUCUCUUCAGCCCCCAAUCAACUCUCUUGCAUUGCCGGACCUUUCCAAGAUCUCUCUUCUCAUAGCCCCCAAGCCCAAAGAUGACCAAUCCUUCAAUCCUGAUUCCGCCGUCUCGUCUGGGAUUUUGAAGCGAGAUUGGCUGCUGAAGCAUCGCACUAAGAUUCCUGCCGUCGUUGCUGCUCUCUUCUCCUCUGAUUGCGUUUCUGGCGAUCCUGCUCAGUGGCUUCAGCUUUGCUCCGAUCUUGAUAAUCUCAAAACGGUGAUUCGUGCGCGGAACAUUAGAUUGGUACUUGUGGUUGUUCAUUCUCAUUCAAAAGAUGACAUAACUGAAGAUCGAAUGCUCGCUCUACGGAAGCGAGCUGAAAUCGAUUCGAAGUACUUUGUUACCUUUUCACAAAAUGAUGAAACUGAAUUGAAACAAUCUCUUCAGAGAUUGGGCAGCAUAUUUGGAGAACUAGCAAACAUAUAUUAUAGAGACGAAGGGCGAAGGAUUAAAACGCGAAUUGAGAAGAAAAGUUGUAGUUCAAUUGAGUUCCAAGUUCGCUAUUGUUUCAAGGUUGCUGUGUAUGCUGAAUUUCGUAGGGAUUGGGUUGAAGCUAUUAGAUUCUAUGAGGAUGCUUAUCACACACUGCGAGAGAUGAUUGGAACAUCGACUAGGUUACCGGCUAUACAACGGCUAAUUGAGAUAAAAACUGUUGCAGAGCAAGUGCACUUCAAAAUAUCAACCUUGUUAUUGCACGGUGGAAAGAUUAUAGAAGCCGUUACAUGGUUUCGUCUGCACAAUGCUUCAUACAGAAAGCUCAUAGGAGCACCAGAAGCUGUUUUUCUUCAUUGGGAGUGGAUGAGUAGACAAUUCCUGGUAUUUGCUGAAUUGCUAGAGACAAGUUCAGGAGCCAUUCAGAGCAUCUCAUCUCUCACUGCAGGCACCAUAGAGAAAUCUUUGACUGAGUGGGAAUUACGUCCAGCUAACUAUUAUCAAUUGGCUGCUAAGUACUUGAAGGAGAAGAGAUCUUAUUUGGAAAGUGCUGUCUCAUUGUCAGAAACUUUUAAUGAGAGUGAUAAUAGUACUGACUCUGUGGUACCUUCACUAUUCGUGGGUCAGUUUGCUCGAUUAAUUGAGCAAGGAAAUGCAUUUCUAAUGCAACUACUCACCGAUGAUGAAUAUAUUCACUAUGCCAUUUCUGAAGGAAAAAGGCUUCAAGAUUCCGUUGAAAUUAUUGCUCUGCUUAAAAAAUCGUAUGAAUCAUUUAGUAAUUUCAAAGUCCAGAGAAUGGGCGCUCUUUGUGGAUUCCAGAUGGCAACAGAAUACUAUGUUGUGGGAGAUUUUAGCAGUGCAAAACAACUUUUUGAUGGUAUUGCAAAUCUAUACAGACAAGAAGGAUGGGUCUCCUUGUUGUGGGAAGUAUUGGGUUAUUUGCGAGAAUGCUCUAGGAAACAAGGUCAGCUUAAGGAUUUUAUAGAGUACUCUCUUGAAAUGGCUGCACUCCCUGUAUUAUCUGAUACUGACGGUGUCCAGUAUUCCAGAAAGGAAUGUAAUCCAGCUGGGCCUGCAAGUAUUGAACAAAAGGAAUUAAUACACAAGGAAGUGUUUGGGGUUAUUAGUAGAGAGUCGGGUUUGACUUCAAUUGAAAGUGAUGCUGAUCUCAGAGUAACUGGAGUUAAUCAACUUCAUCUUGAGAUUGAUCUCGUCAGUCCCCUCAGAGUGGUUCUUCUUGCUUCAGUUGCUUUCCAUGAACAUAUAAUCAAGCCUGGUUCCUCCACUUUGAUUACAUUGUCACUUCUAUCGCAACUACCUCUUACUGUUGAGGUUGACCAAUUAGAAGUCCAGUUCAAUCAGUCUGCUUGCAAUUUCAUUGUUGUGAAUUCUCAAAGAACUCAGUUAGAUUCAGCAAAUGACUAUCAGCAGAGUCAACGAGUAGAGACUGCUCCUUCUCUGUCACUUUCUUCAAACAGGUGGCUGCGUCUAACAUAUGACAUCAAAUCUGAUCAAAGCGGAAAGCUUGAAUGCAUAUCUGUUAUUGCAAAAAUGGGUCCCCACUUCACAAUCUGUUGUAGAGCUGAGAGUCCUGCUUCAAUGGGUGAUUUGCCUCUUUGGAAGUUUGAAGAGCGUGUGGAAGCUUAUCCAACCAAGGAUCGUGCUCUGGCAUUUACUGGACAGAAAGCAACCCAGGUUGAGGAACCAGACCCACAAGUUGAUCUUAAUUUAGGUGCUUCUGGCCCCGCAUUUGUUGGAGAGAGCUUUGUGAUACCUGUUACUGUGACCUCUAAGGGACAUGCUGUUCAUUCUGGUGAAUUAAAGAUCAAUCUGGUGGAUGUAAGGGGUGGUGGUUUGUUCAGUCCAAGGGAAACUGAACCUAUCACUCUGGAUAGUCAUCACGUGCAACUUCUUGGCAUAUCCGGACCAGAAGGGGAAGAUGAAUCUAAUCAGGGUGGUGAAAACAUCAAGAAAAUUCAAGAAUCAUUUGGUUUGGUUUCUGUUCCAUUUCUAAAUUGUGGAGACUCAUGGUCUUGCAAAUUGGAAAUUAAGUGGCACAGACCCAAACCUGUUAUGCUCUAUGCAUCCCUGGGUUAUUCUCCUGAUAGCAAUGAUUCAACUGCCCAUAAAGUUAACAUCCACAAGAGCUUACAGAUUGAAGGAAAGACAGCAAUCUUAAUAAACCAUCAAUUUAUGCUGCCAUACAGGCAUGACCCUUUGUUACCCUCAAGGAUCAAGCCAGUUCCUGACUCUGAUCAGCUGGUAACACUACCUCUAAAUGAAACAAGUAUACUUGUUGUUAGUGCUAAAAAUUGCUCUGAUGUACCAUUGCAGUUGAUAUCCAUUUCAGUUGAUUCAGAUGAUGGCAUUGGAAAGUUAUGCUCUGUGCAAAACAGUGGUGACCACUUGGCCCCUGCGCCCCUUGUACCAGGAGAAGAGUUUAAGAAGGUUUUUAGUGUCAUUCCAAAGAUGAAUAUUAAAAAACUCAUGUUAGGAAAUGUACGUAUCAAAUGGACCAGAUGUUCUGGGACUGAAGAUCAACCUGUCUCAGCAGUAUCUUUGGUUUUGACUGAACAAAGACUUCCUGAUGCGACUCUCGAGUUGUCACCGUUAGUCGUGAGUUUGGAAUGUCCUCCUUAUGCUGUUCUGGGAGAUCCCUUUACAUACUAUAUUAAAGUGUGGAACCAAACACAGUUGCUUCAAGAACUCAAGUUGUCAUUGGCUGACGCUCAAAGUUUUGUUUUGUCUGGGUCACACAAUGACGCCAUCUAUGUUCUUCCGAAAUCUGAGCAAAUCAUUGGUUACAAGCUUGUACCACUUGCCUCUGGCAUGCAACAAUUGCCUAGAUUUACAGUAACUUCAGUCAGAUACUCGUCUGCUUUUCAACCGUCAAGUGAAGAGUCUACUAUUUUUGUGUUUCCUUCUAAGCCUCAUUUCAACAUGAUUGAUUGGGGAGACAGAGGGAUAGAGUCACUGGCAGCUGAAUGAUUCAUGCUCGUACUCUGGCAUGUUGAGAAAUAUUGUAAUUAUGAAAAGGUGGUUUGAGUACAGGUUCAACAUUCAUGUUUGUGACUGAAUCUGUGCACCAUGUAGUUGAGGAAGUUGAAAAAAGAAGUUCCAAGUUCCUAUGAAGGAAAGGAAUGGGAGUAUUGUAUGUUUUGGUUAGAUGGUGGUUUUGCAUCUCUACCAGAUAAUUAGGUUCUUGAUGGGACUGUUUGCUCCAAUUUUUUUUUUUUAAUAUCUAACAUAUGUAAAUGAAGGGAAAAUGUCAUAGGAGAAGAAUCAUCACAUGCUGAAUAUUACUAUUUUUUACAGCAACAUCAGUAAUAAGUAUGUGGUGAUGGAUUGACUAGGACAUUGUUUUAUGGAGGAACAGACAGAUUGUGGUGAGAUAUAACAGUGCAGCUAUAUGAUUGAUUGCAAUUGUACUAACUAGAAGGACCAGGAGAGGCUUGGCUUAAGGCGAUGACAGAACAGUAGAGAGGACUGUUCAUCUUCUUCAAGGAUUGACUAUGGGGCUAGAGAGGGCUUUGCAGUGAUUGAUAUUGUUUCAUGUGUUGCGAUAGCUAAGUCGAGAUGAAUGGUGUUGGAAACCAUUGAAAAGUAGAUCCUAGAGCUCUGGUACUGCAACUUCGUUUAUAUAUUUUAAUGUUCUGUUAUAUAUAGAUUUGAAACAGUAAAACAAAAUGGUUGUAUCUGAUGGUAAUGUAUAUUGUUUUGUUGUUAUAAUUAUUGGUGACAACAUGGUUGAAAUUUA